AUGGCGGCGGCCUUUGACGUUGAGUUAGAGUUGGAUAACCAAGACUAUUAUUCUCUUCUCAACGUCAGAAAAGAGGUAUUAAGUGCGUUUGUGUAUUUACAUAAUGUGCUCUUUUUAAUGUUUUAUCCCGCUGUAUCGUUAAUGGUCAACACCGAUUCGAAUGGGCAUCCCGUUCGUCGAGACAGCUGAUACUUGCUCCGGUCGGUCCAUCACUCAUAGAGGCAUGCUGCAAGACAGACAGACAGACCUAGCUGUCAGACUUAGCUACCUCUCAAUACUGUUUCUUGAUACCAGAACAACAGACGUAGCUACCUGUCAAUACUGUUUCUUGAUACCAGAACAACAGACGUAGCUACCUGUCAAUACUGUUUCUUGAUACCAGAACAACAGACGUAGCUACCUGUCAAUACUGUUUCUUGAUACCAGAACAACAGACGUAGCUACCUGUCAAUACUGUUUCUUGAGACGACAACAACAAAGUCAGAAGUCGAAUAAUAUUAUUAGCUAACGGUUUUGUUCGCUGAAUUGAUACGCUGUGACACUCACUGUUUAGUAGCCUACCUUAUUUGCUUAUUGUUACUUGUCACUGCUGGUGUGGCAUGGGUUUUCAGAGGUCUCCUGGUGCACAGAGGAAUCAUCUGUAUUUUCCUUUCUUUAUAGGCCUAUGUCUCUUAUUUAGCAUUUUGUAUUCAUGCAUUUGGCUAUGUCUGCAGAAAUCAAUAUUGUAAUCGUUCUCUCUCCCCCCUCCCCACCCCCCCUCCUCAGGCCACUCAGGAUGAGUUGAAGGCCUCUUAUAGAAGGUUGUGUAUGCUCUACCACCCAGACAAGCACAGAGACCCAGAGCUGAAGAGCCAGGCAGAGCAGCUAUUUAACCAGGUGCACCAGGCCUAUGAGGGUAAGUUGUGCGUUCCCUGUCACUGACUCUUCUUGACAAGCUGCUUGUUGUUUAAUUGGACUGUAAGUACUGUAAAAUGACCGGACAACCUCUCUCUCUUUCUUUUUCACUCCCUUCCCUCUGUCCAGUGUUGAGUGACCCUCAGUCCAGAGCCAUCUAUGACAUCUUUGGGAAGAAAGGCCUGGAGGUGGAGGGCUGGGAGGUAUGUGCAGUAUGUGUGUGUAUACUUAAGUAGUAAUAACACAAUUAUAACUGAGAUAACUGAGGAGUGUGUGUGUGUGUGUGGUGUGUAGAUUGUGGAGAGGAAGAGGACCCCAGCAGAGAUCCGUGAGGAGUAUGAACGGCUUCAGAGAGAGAGAGAGGAGAGGAGGCUACAGCAGAGGACCAACCCCAAGGUACACACACUUCUCCCCUGAGCCUCUCACAGAAAUAUCCACAGCAGGAUGAUGUCUACAGACUUUCUGUGUGUUCAGGGUACCACCAGAACAAUGUGUUUGUGUUUUCAUGUCUCUCUGUGUGUUCAGAGUACCAUCAGAACAAUGUGUUUAUGUUUUCAUGUCUCUCUGUGUGUUCAGAGUACCAUCAGAACAAUGUGUUUAUGUUUCUUGUCUCUCUGUGUGUUCAGAGUACCAUCAGAACAAUGUGUUUAUGUUUUCAUGUCUCUCUGUGUGUUCAGGGUACCAUCAGAACAAUGUGUUUAUGUUUUCAUGUCUCUCUGUGUGUUCAGAGUACCAUCAGAACAAUGUGUUUAUGUUUUCUUGUCUCUCUGUGUGUUCAGAGUACCAUCAGAACAAUGUGUUUAUGUUUUCAUGUCUCUGUGUGUUCAGGGUACCAUCAGUGUGGGAGUAGAUGCCACAGACCUGUUUGAUCGUUAUGAGGAGGACUUUGAUGAGAUGCCUGGAGGAGGAUUCCCUCACAUCGAGAUCAACAGGAUGCACAUCUCCCAGUCUAUAGAGGUACACACACUCUAUAGAGGUACACACACGCACACACACUCUAUAAAGGUAUACACACACACAGAGGUUUGAUUCCUUGUCGGUCACACUCAUACACAGACUCGUACACAGACAUACACACAGAAACUAGCUAAAAGUCCAUUCUAAUAAAUUCAUGUGUUAUACUUGUGUGUUUCCCAUGUGUUACCUGUGUGUAUGUGUGUGUUACCUGUGUGUAUGUGUGUGUUACCUGUGUGUGUGUGUAGGCUCCGUUGACGAACACGGACACUGCAGUGUUGUCUGGCUCUCUCUCCACACACAAUGGCAACGGAGGAGGCAACAUCAACAUGACUGUCCGCCGCGUCACGUCUGCCAAGGGCUGGGGAGAGGUACACAAACACACAGAAACACAUUUGAUCCCUAGUUUCUGAGAAAACACAGGAAGGAUAUUGACUGACAUGUCUGUGUUUCACUCAGUCUGCAUGUGCUUUUCUCUCCCUUUGUGUGUGUAGUUGGAGUGUGGUGCUGGGGACAUACUGGGACCUCUGUUUGGGAUGAAGGUGUUUCGUAACCUGACUCCACGAUGGUGAGUGGCCAAUAGAGGGGAGAGAAUACGGCCCUCUUUAUACACUACAACAAUUAUAAUGCUAGUCAUCUGGCGAGUGAUGGUUGUGAUCAAUGAGAAACAUGUAUCAAACAUUUAUCCUAGUCACUAGUGUAGAGGUCAUUUUACAGUAUAUUGAAGCAAAACCUCUCUUCUUCUCUCUCCCUCUCGCGCUCUUUCUCUCUCCUUCUCUUUCUCUCUCACUCUCUCCCCCCAUCUCCCGCUCUCUGUUUGUUAGUUUCCUGACGGCUCAGUGUGGUAUGCAGUUCUCUCCCCGUGGCGUGCGUUCCAGCUGUUCGUUAAUGACAGCGCGUCACCUAGACCAGAACACUAUGGGUUACCUGCAGUGGCGAUGGGGACCGCACAGCGCUAUGACCACUAGUGUGGUCCGAGACACCAAGACCAGCCACUUUACCCUGGCCCUGCAGGUACACACACACACACACACACACACACACACACACACACACACACACACACACACACACACACACACACACACACACACACACACACACACACACACACCUGAGUUUAUGUUGAGGUGGGUGUUAAGGCUGGUAGGAUAACCAACCAUGUUCUUUUGUGUCCUCAUUCCUCACCUCCUCUAGCUGGGUGUCCCUCAGUCCUACCUGAUGAUGAGUUACCAGCACAAGUUCCAGGAUGAGGACCAGACCAAGAUCAAGGGAUCGAUCAAGUACGCACACACACACACACACACACAGACACACUGAAUAUGUUAGGUAGGAGUCUUGGCCCUUAUUGGUAUUGUAUGUGUGUAUGUGUGUGUGUGUGUUUCUGUGUGUCAGGACUGGUUGGUUUGGUACAGUGGUGGAGUAUGGAGCAGAGAGGAAGAUCAGUCGUCACAGUGUCCUGGCUGCUACUGUCAGCAUCGGAGUCCCACAGGGAGUCACCCUCAAAAUCAGGUACUACAACAGUGUAUAAUACAGGGUGUUUCUGUGCAGUGUAUAAUACAGGGUGUUUCUGUGCAGUGUAUAAUACAGGGUGUUUCUGUGCAGUGUAUAAUACAGGGUGUUUCUGUGCAGUGUAUAAUACAGGGUGUUUCUGUGCAGUGUAUAAUACAGGGUGUUUCUGUGCAGUGUAUAAUACAGGGUGUUUCUGUGCAGUGUAUAAUACAGGGUGUUUGUGUGCAGUGUAUAAUACAGGGUGUUUCUGUGCAGUGUAUAAUACAGGGGUGUUGGUGUUGUAUAAUACAGGGUGUUUUUGCAGUGUAUAAUCAGGGUGUUUGUGUAUAAUACAGGGUGUUUUGGUGUGUAUAAACAGGUGUGUGUAUAAUACAGGGUGUUGUUUACAGGGUGUUUCGUGUGGAUAAUACAGGGUGUUGUGUAUAAUACAGGGUUGUCGUGUAUAAUACAGGGUGUGUGUAUAUACGGUGUGCAGUGUAUAAUACAGGGUGUUUGUGAUUCAGGGUGUGAUAAUACAGGGUGUUUGCAGUGUAUAAUACAGGGUGUUGUAUAUCAGGGUGUGCAGUGUAUAAUACAGGGUGUUUUGUGCAGUGUAUAAUACAGGGUGUUUUGUGCAGUGUAUAAUACAGGGUGUGUUGUUAAUACAGGGUGUGGUGUAUAAUACAGGGUGUUUUGUGCAGUGUAUAAUACAGGGUGGUUUGCAGUGUAUAAUACAGGGUGUGCGUGUAUAAUACAGGGUGUGCAGUGUUAACAGGUGUGCAGUGUAUAAUACAGGGUGUUUUGUGAUAAUACAGGGUUUGUGUAUAAUACAGGGUGUUUGUGUAUAAUACAGGGUGUUUGUGUAUAAUACAGGGUGUGCAGUGUAUAAUACAGGGUGUGCAGUGUAUAAUACAGGGUGUGCAGUGUAUAAUACAGGGUGUUUGUGUAUAAUACAGGGUGUUUGUGUAUAAUACAGGGUGUGCAGUGUAUAAUACAGGGUGUGCAGUGUAUAAUACAGGGUGUGCAGUGUAUAAUACAGGGUGUUUGUGUGCAGUGUAUAAUACAGAGUGUUUCUGUGCAGUGUAUAAUACAGGGUGUGCAGUGUAUAAUACAGGGUGUGCAGUGUAUAAUACAGGGUGUUUCUGUGCAGUGUAUAAUACAGGGUGUUUGUGUAUAAUACAGGGUGUGCAGUGUAUAAUACAGGGUGUUUCUGUGCAGUGUAUAAUACAGGGUGUUUCUGUGCAGUGUAUAAUACAGGGUGUUUGUGUGUGGCAUGUCUGUCUGUGUGUUGCCUACCACAUUAACUUUAGGGCGUCAUCCUUCUAGCCCCAAUCCAGUAGACAGUAUUAUUACAUUUUUACAUUUGACAUUUUAUUCAUUUAGCAGACGCUCUUAUCCAGAGCGACUUAAAGGAGCAAUUAGUGUUAAGUGCCUUGCUCAAGGGCACAUCGACAGAUUUUUCACCUAGUCGGCUCGGGGAUUAGAACCAGCGACCUUUCGGUUACUGGUUACUGGCACAACGCUCUUAACCACUAAGCUACCUGCCGUAGCGUGGUAUGUAAUGUAACUUGUUUCCUUCUCUCCCCAGGUUGGCUCGUGCCAAUCAGACCUACCUGUUCCCAGUCCACCUGACAGACCAGCUGCUGCCCAGUGCAGUGUUCUACGCCACCGUGGGACCUCUACUGGUCUACAUGGCCAUACACAGACUGGUCGUUAUACCUUACACACGCUCCCAGAAACAACAGUGA